GCCAGCUGAGCCCAGCUCAGGCUGCUUUUGCUUGCAAUGCAAAACACCAGCUACCGUAUUGAAUUUGAAGACACGGAAGGUUUGCUGAAUCAUAGCUUCUUCGCAAUGUGGCGAAGGCAAUGCAUGCGGAUACCAUCUUCAAAAGGAGUACUGAGGUAGCAUGAUGCUUGGCGCUACGUUUCGCGCCUUCAUCCUGGCCCCUGCUCUGGACCCAAAAUGAAUGAGGAUGUUUCUGAAUUGAAGGGUUCCGUACUGGAUGUUCGGCGAGAAAACUAUGGCAAGAGGGAUCAUGAGAUAUUCUCCAUCCACGCAUACGCCCUGGGCCUCGAGUCCCUCCACGCAAUCAUCGACCUCCCAAGCUUCACAAACGUGCAAACACUCAGCUUGCACAACAACAACAUCGCUCACAUUGAGCGCCUGGAAAGCCUCACAAACCUAACUGAGCUCAAUCUUUCGUCCAACAAUUUGCAAACCAUCGAAGGACUUACACGGUUAUUCAGCCUUGAAAUCCUGAACCUCGCAAGUAACGGGAUCCAGAAGAUUGAGGGCUUGGAACGGCUAACGGCGCUGCGAAGAUUGGUGCUCUCUCACAAUCAGAUCGCAUCCUUGGAUGGCCUGUCAGCUUUGCAUGGACCGAGGUAUUCACUAACCAGCCUUGACCUCCGGGAUAACCUGGUUGCGUCCCUGUCAGAGGUAUGGGUCCUGGCGGGGUUACCCAAGCUGACCACCCUAGUCUUCUCUGCCGGCCACCAGGACAACCCCGUCUGUCACGUUGCGAAUUACCGCCAGGCAGUUACCACAGCGAUCCCAGGACUCCAGUCUCUAGAUGGGGUCCAAAUCCAGCCGAGACGAAUUAGCGCUGGCUUGACUGCAAACGAGCCCCAGGAAACGGCUGCUUCGCGCCAAAAUGUGAACAGGCCUGUGCCGGGAAGACCUAUUCACACCCAACUUGGAUACAAUCUGAACAACCAGCUUCCAUACUGGAGGGGCGGAGACGGAACAGCCCCCCCGGGCCUUCCAGCUCAGUCGGAGAGGGCUGCUUCUGGGGCGUUUACAUCCACGAGCUUCACGCCCAAAAUCGACCACGCGUUGCAGGGGUUCUACAGACGGCAGCAGCAGAGGGGGGGUCCUCGGCAAGGGGAACAAGCGUUGUCUCAUUCCCCCCAUCAGAACAAUUUCCGUCCUUUGAACAACCAGACCCGGAAUGUCUUUGACGAUGCUUUAGGGGGCCAGGAGAAUAUACAGGGCGUUGUGAAUGCGGGGGGUCAGGAGCAGGGAGAGAGUUUUCACACUGAGGAACAUCGGCGGGCUGCAGAGUACGAGGACCGGAUCAGGGUGCUGGAGUCGAGGUUGCUGGACUUGGCUCAGAAGGUGGAGAAAGAGGGGGGCGAAAAAGAGAGGGUGGCGAAGAAAGUGUCGGAGGGGGGCUCAGGGGCGGUUGACCUUGACGGUAGAUCAGUGCAGGAGCGGAGUUGGAGUCUGCGCCAGAAAGAGGCCGACUUCGACAGCGCUGACCAGGUGGCAGAAGAGGAGCGCAUCAGCGGAUGGAAGAAACGGAAGGGGGGGGAGGAAGUGGCUGGUGGAAAUGCCCCCCCGCAGCACGAAGCACGGCCUCGGACACUCAUUCAUGGGCAUGGGGGCCAGGAGGGGAAGAACAAGAUUGUGAACACGGGGACGCAGAGGCUGCUGGCGCUGGUGAAUGAGAGGAAGACCAAGAAGGGGGCUAUGGGUGCAACGGAGACUUCGAAGCUCCGAACGGUUCUUCUUGCGGACGAGGCCACCCAAACAUCCAACACGGAGGACUUCCGGGUUUCUCGGCUGACUCGAGAGGCAGACGCCCUCCGCAAAGAGCUAGACUCCGUUGCCGACGAGCUGGCGAAACGAGACGCGGCAGACGCGAAGGCAAAAGCGGUUGCAGCUCAGGAACGAGAGGAGCGGGAAAGGGCGUCGAAAGAGGGGGCAGAGAAGCGAGCAGAACUGGAAGAGCUGGUGAAAAAGCUGACAAAGGAAAGUGCAGAGAAGCAGGAGGCGUGGGCGAAGAAGGAGAGCGAUCUGCAGGGGACGCUACUGGAGGCGGAGAGGCGCGCUGAGGCAAAAGCUCACAGUCUGGAGGUUGCUCAAGAGUCGCUAGCCGCACUGGAGGCCCAAGCCGUGUCCGCCAAAGCCCGGGCCGUUUCGGACGCCGUCCAAACCCUCCAAAAGGAACUUUCGGACGUCCGAACCGAGAAAGCCAGAGUUGAUGCGGACCUGGCAGCCGCUGCGGCGUCGAGAAAAGAGCUGGAGGGAGAACUAGAAAGGGGGAGACGAGAACGGGAGGGUGCGCAGGAGAGGGCGAGGGUUGCAGCGGCGGGGGCGGAGGAGGUGCGGAAGAAGCUGCAGGCGGUGUCAGCGGAAGCAGAGGCGAGCAAAGUGGGCGAGGCCGCAGCCCGCGACGAGGCGCGGCGCAUGGCGGCCGCUCUGGCGCUCUGCCACGAGGACCACCAGAUCGCGAUCAACCACCUCAAGGAGCUGCAUUCGCAAGAGGUGCAAAACCUGGUCGAGCGGGAGGCGGCGCACGCACGGGAAAGGGCAGCGCUGGAGUCUGGGCAUGCUCAGGCGAAGCGGCAGCUGGAGGGAAGGAUCCGAGACCUGGAAGACGAGCUGCGGAACGCCUUGCAAGACAACGCCGCUGAGAUCCAAAGGCUGCAGGGCUCGCUGGAGCGCGCGGAACUAGAAGCGGCGGAGAACCGACGCUCCCUUCGGGCCUCGCUACAGAAGGAGUCUCAAGCGGAAGAGCUGGUGGCGGAACUGACGGAAGUCGUGCGGCGCCAGAAAGCCAAGAUUGAGGCGCUGCAAAAGGAGCGGGAAGAGGCCGAGCCAAGAAGAGGAGAGGUUGCCGCGCUACGACGUCGAGUAGAAACCCUAGCGACGCGCGAACUCGAGCUCGGCGAGCUGCUGUCCGAAAAGGAAGGCGCUCUCGCGGCAACGGACGCGGCCCUCGAGAAACGGACGUCCGAGAACCGAGAACUAGGCGCGGCGCUCGCAAAGGCGCAGGAGAGCGAAAGGAGGCGAGGCGACGAGGAGGGGCUGCUGAGGCAGCGGCUAGAGCUGGCGGAGGAUAAGGUUAAGAUCAAGGACAAGAUGCUCGACAGUCAGAACGCAUCCCUGGCCGGCUCGAAGGGUGAGAUUGCCCGGCUGAAGACUGCCGUUCGAGAAACCGAGGACGCAGCGGCACGGGCGGCUGCAGAGUGGAAAGAGCGGCUGCGGGACGAAAUUGAGCAAGGGCGCGCGCUGAGGGCCGAGCUGGAGGCUCAAGACGCGACGUUAGCGGAGCUGGAGGACAAACUAGAGGCGGAACGUGGGGCCGGGAAGAAGGCGGCCGCCGAGGCGAAGGAGCUGAGAGCGAAGCUGGACGAAAAGGACGGCGUCCUGCGGUUCGUCGAGCAAGAGGUGGACCGCGUGAAGGGCCUGUUCGAGUCCAAGAAGAGGGCGCUCGUGGGGGAGCGCGACAAGGCGAGCGAUCGCGCUCGCGUGGCCGAGGGGGCCCUGCGGGAAGCCCUGGAAGCGGCUGAAAAAGAGAAAGGAGCGUUGCGGAUGGAGCUUGACGAGCUGCGGUCCGAAUCCGUGGCGCUGCGGAAAGCGUCCGCAGCUUCGGACGCAACCCUGGCGCAGGUCCGAAGUCACUGCCAGCAGCGCGUGUCCGAAGUCGAGGAGGAAAUGCGCGGCCUGCUGCGCGUAAUGGAGCGCCAGAAGGCCAAGUCGGCGGUCAAGGUGCAGCAGCUGAGCACCUUCGUCGAAGAACUCCAGCGGAGUUCCUAAGCAUAACCGCUGAGGGUUGUAUAACUUAUGACGGAGCCGUCCUCGCCGUUUCAAUGGUUUCGAACGUUUGCAACGUGGCGUCAAUUACAUGCCGGGAUCUGGUACUUUAUAGGCUGUGUGUAAUUUGCAAGCUUCUUUCUGUGGAUCUCAAGCGGAGCUCCUCGUGGAAGAGGUCGCCGGGGCUGGUAGGUUGCAAAAGAAACGUAGUCUAUCUUCGUUCCGUGCACAGAUUUAGCUUCCUAUAGAAAAGUUGACAAGUAGCGGAACUUGAGGGUUCGAAAGUGUGAACCUGAAGCAACCGGUCUCAGGUAUACGAAUACGAACCGAACCGACCGACAUACUACACGUUUAUGAGCCCUGUGUUUGUCUGUUCAUCUCUCCCAUCUAAGCCGGGCCAGGCUUUGUCGCCUUCGCGCGGCUGACUG